ACUUGAGCGUGGGCGACAUACACAAACGUCCUAUUCACCCGUGAAUCGUUACCCAAUUUGCACUACAGAAACAAAAUUGUCAUAGAAAAAGUUUUUGUUCAAGCAUCUCAUGAAAAAAGUUCGUCGCAUUUAUCGCAUCAGUGUAAUUGGUGUCCGAGUGGAGUGCUUCAAGUGUAAGCUCGCCUAAUAUCGCGUUAUCUAAUGAUGAUUGGUGUCUAACACAGGCCGGUGCGUCGUUAUGUAGGCGGCAGAAGUGGCAACACGUGAAUGGACGAGCCAGGGAUCGAUACAGCGGAGUGCGCAGGCCCGCGCUCUGAGUCCACAGCUGGCGUCCGACGGAAUCGCCUCAACCUGAGUUUCAGUGCCUGUUUUGAGGCUUCAAGUGCUCCGGUAUACCUCGAAUAUGGUCUCCGCACAGCGACGGCUCUAAACGAUGUGAUGUGCCGCCUCCGCUGGAGGCCGGCUUUGUGGGCGCUGGCGCUUCUGAGCUCGCUGGCGCCCUCGCACGCCGAUGGGAACAUAGGAUGUCUAUUCAGCGCCACUCUGUGCGUCGACGGGGUGGAAUGGUGCUACGAUGAUUUCGCCUUCGGGAGGUGCAUCCAGAUCUACGAGGAGCCGGACGAAGGGGCCCUCUACAAGUAUGACAUGUCCUCGGGCCAACUGCAGUGGUUCGAGGGCGAGCUACAGCGGCUGGCCUCGCGCGGCUACCGCUGGGAGCAUGCGUACACGCAGUGCGUGCUACAGGCCAUGCUCUACACGCUACGACAGAACCUGGAUCCAUCCAUAGUGAACACCAAGAUAUGUGAACACUUUGUUGAUCCAAAACUAAGCUCUGAAAACAUUGGAGACGGAGAGGACGAUACAGAAGUUGAGCCUGAUGAGACAGCCUUUGUGCGUUUUACGCCGAAUUCGCAAAUUGCCGAUUCUGAUUACGCAAACGAAGUAUACAACCCCCCAUUGACCCCCGAUGAAGACCCGAUAGCAUAUCUUAUGGCUAAAGAAAAUGAAGAUGAACUCAAUAAUGACGAAAAUCCAAGUGAUAAAUUACGUGACUUGAUGAUGAUGAGCACACAAGAAGAGGAGUCCCCUGUCAUACUGCCUUUUGAAGGAUUUAGGGAAAGGAUACAAGCUGAGAAGGCAAAGGCCCAUGAUAGUGACAACACGGUCCCUAAUGUAAUGAUAGACAAAGAUAAGAAAUCCCUUCCGAAAGCGGAGAAAGAUAACGAAGUCGCAUCCUUCUCAGACGAAGAACGUCUGGGUGCUCAUUUCAGGAAAAUUAAAACUAAGCCUCCGCCGUACACAGCGGAAUAUAUUACCGGAAAUAGAUUCUCACCUUUAGAUGCUGAAAUCCGUUCGAACGCUUUAGAAAAAUACAAGCAAAGCUUUGCUGAGAAAAACUUCCCUUUUGAAUAUGAAGCAGUGGAAAUGCCGGAACAGAGAAUUUAUAAUGACGAAGACGGCUUGGACGAAAUUCCAUUUGAUGCUGGAAGUGGCGAACUAGAUCCCUACCAUUCAAAAGAUGGCCCUAUAGGUCUGGAUGGGAAACCUUCUAAAAAUAUGGAGUACUUAAUGAAUUACUGGCGAGAAAUCAUAAAUUCUAAAUUGAAACCACAAGGCGCCUUAUACGCAGAAGGUGGCCCCUUGAAAGCUGAUGACGUGCAGGGCCCCCUAAACCCGAAUGGCUCGGCCCCGACACCCACACACCGGCUCGAUGGUGUUACAGAUACCGACCAUGUUUCAGGUGAUACUCCCAAAUUUUAUUCUGAAGAAAUUCAAGAUUUCUUUAAUAACGAAUGGGGAUUUAAACGUAGGGAAAGAGACGAUGUUAAAAAGCCCGGGCCUCGCCUGGACGCGAAAACGUUAAAGAUUUUAUACCACAAUAAAUCAGUGACAGCUCACGGGCCGGCUGAUGCUCAGAAAUCACCACAUGGGCAUGAUCAUGACCACAAUGAUUACGAUUAUGAUCCUUCUUACGCAUACGUCUUGUUCCAAGACAGAUUCCUAACUGAUUGGGAGAAAGGCAUUUCAUUCAUAUCAAGGCUUGAAGAAAUGCUCGGAUUGGAAAAAAAUACUUUUACCAACCCUCGGGUUGACAGAGGUGAAGUUACUUUCAAAGUAGAAAAGAACAACAAAGGUUAUAACGCCGUGGAUGUCGCUCGACGUGUUGAUGAUAUCAAAGAAGACCUGCGUCGAGAAACUGGCGCUCAAGUUUUGUCAACUGGCGUUGGUGAUCGGAGCAAGCGUCCCGUGAUCCGCCAUAUUGAGUCUCCGGAGACCUUGUUCUUUGGUCUGGAGUUGCCAGUACUCCUGGCUUUGGUGGGCAGCCUGGCGGUUUUGAUAGUAGGGGCGGUCAUCUUUGCCGUCCUUCUAAAACGAGACUUCAACUCUAAGAGGAAGAUGCAAGGUCUGUCUUCCGCAGCAGAAAUUGAUGCUGAGGCUAAAAUGGACUACCAGGAGCUGUGCCGUGCCCGUAUGUCGGGCAAGUGGACUGGCCAGCAGGCGACGGCAGCGGCGCCGCACCCGACCGAACCGCCACAGCGUAUCACCUCGCUGUCUCGCGAACCAGACGCGAACUCGCCCUCGACCAGGUCCAGUACUUCAUCCUGGAGUGAAGAACCAGCUCUGACUAACAUGGAUAUUUCCACUGGACACAUGGUUUUGGCCUACAUGGAAGACCACCUCCGCAACAAAGAUCGCCUGGAGCAGGAGUGGCGUGCGCUUUGUGCUUAUGAAGCGGAGCCCUGCGCCACCGUCGCUGCCCUCAAGCAAGACAACACCGGCAAGAACCGAUAUGCUGAUGUCCUGCCGUAUGACCACUCGCGGGUCACCCUCAACACCCUGUCCAACCAUCUCGGAUCUGACUACAUCAAUGCUUCGACUAUUACGGAUCACGACCCCCGCAACCCGGCAUACAUCGCCGCCGCCGGUCCGCUGGCACACACGGCGCCCGACUUCUGGCAGAUGGUGUGGGAGCAGGGCAGCGUCGUCAUGGUGAUGCUGACGCGCCUCACUGAGAACGGACAGCAGCUCUGCCACCGGUACUGGCCGGAGGAAGGCUCGGAACUGUACCACAUCUAUGAGGUCCACCUAGUGAGCGAGCACAUCUGGUGCGACGACUACCUGGUCCGCAGCUUCUACCUGAAGAACCAACGCACGGGCGAGACGCGCACCGUCACGCAGUUCCACUUCCUCUCCUGGCCCGAGAAUGGAGUGCCAUCUUCGACGAAGGCUUUGCUCGAAUUUAGAAGGAAAGUGAACAAAUCUUACCGAGGACGAUCCUGCCCGAUUGUGGUGCAUUGCAGUGACGGAGCUGGGCGAACGGGGACCUAUUGCUUGAUCGACAUGGUACUGAACCGGAUGGCGAAGGGCGCGAAGGAGAUCGACAUAGCCGCCACCUUAGAGCACAUAAGGGACCAGCGCCCGCGCACCGUGGCCACCAAGCAGCAGUUCGAGUUCGUUCUCAUGGCUGUUGCUGAAGAGGUGCACGCCAUACUGAAAGCUCUGCCGGCCCACCUGCAACAACUUCAGGAGAAGAAAGAAAAAGAAAAGGAAAAGGAAAAAGAAACCAACGACAAGGAAAAACCAAACAAUUGAAACACGCGCUAAUGACAUGACUUUAUUUUACUAUAGCUACGUAUUGAUGUCUGUUUCUUGAUCUAGACUGAAAAUUUCGCUCUUAAAAUAUCACAAUUUAUUUAUUUUAAUAUACAUAUUGUUAAUUAUUAUCAACCAACUGAAUAUAUUUAUACUUACUGCUAGUCUUAUUCGAAAUUUUCAAUCUAGAGUAUUUGUAUUGUACGUAUUUACGCUUUUGUGCGCUUAAUGCUAAACGCUUUUUUUAUUUAUUUCGUGUAUAUUAAACACUUGUUUGUAAUAUUUUCUGUAAUGUAAAGUUUAUGGUAGUACUUGGUGUGAUGUUUUGAAGGAAAGCAAUUAUGGUCGCGUGGCCUAAGCUGUUUUUGUCUUUAUCUACUUCUUUCCAUAAAAUGAAAUGGCACAAAAGCCUUAAAAUGUUUAGUCCACUGGGUUAUUUCAAGUUUAAUUCAAAUAUCAAUUCUCAAGUUACAAAAAGAUAACAUAGAGGCCCAAAACACACGCCACGAUAAUGGUGUCAAAUAUCUAGGAAAUAUUUAUUUUUCUAAGAAAGCUUUUCUAUCAGCAGAUAUUUUAUAUAUUUUCAUAAAAACAUAAACACAAAGCUAUUUAUUCAAUAAACUACACAAAUUGUUACUAAUUACGAGUAUCUAUACAUUUUACGCCAAAAUAUACAGGGAGUUAUUUUAUUCAUUCAAAUUGUUUAAAAAUUAAUAAAUAAAUAAGAAAUUAGAUAGAAUUCAGGACAUUAGAGUUGCUUGUUUUGUAUGUUAGUGGUUUGAGCAUUUUGAAUGAAAAAAAAACUCGCUGUAUAUUUUACGUUGCCUGGCUUCUUUGCUGUCGUAUCAUAGUCAAUUGUAAAGGUGUCUAAAAGUUUUAUUAUCUAUUGCUAUUAUUUUAGUCCGAGUUUUAAUUUUACGCUAGAAUUCCGGUACAGUCAAGUGCACAUUACAAGUAACAAAUCUAACUUGAAACAUUUUAAACUAAGUUGUUAGUGCAGCCGUCAGCACAUCAUUUUUCGUUUUUGUCGCAAAAUAGUAUCUAUUACAAGUACAUAAAAUGCCACAGGUUUAAAAGCUGGGUGUGCCGGCGUCUGUACUAAAGUCUAUAGUUAGUUACCUAGUUGAUGCAAACUUCAAUUAUUUGUUAAUUAAAGACCUGCCUCUUUUAAAAAAUAUAUGGCAUGUUUGAAGGAUUGUUGCUGCGCAUCAGAUGCGCAUAGCUGUGAAUUGAUCUAGUCGGUAAAAUGUUAAAGUGCUGUUAUUUGUUAAAUCAUAAUUUUAUUUCGCUUUCUAGUAAAUGUUCACAAAUUAUUUUGUACACAAAUGUACGUGCUACCUUAGCGAUCAUGUUAUUUACCUAUAGUUAUACAGUUUUGUUAAUAUUAACUAAAUUGUAAUAGAAAUAUGAUGAACAAAACUAAGAUAAGACAUGAUAAUAUCGCCGCCGAAUCAUAUCCUGAACGAACGGAAUACCUGAUAAAUAUAAUCACGAGGACAAAAUAACUAUUUACAAAUAAUAAACAAUAGAAAUCGUUAGUAACACGUACUAUGUAUGAGAUUUGUAUAAGAUUAUAUUUAUUGCAUAUUAUGGGAAAAUGUAAAAAAAAAUACCCACGAAAUUAUGAAUGUAGAA